AUGCUCUCAGCGUCAGUCGACGACGAACAGACAGAAAACGAGCUUGCUGAGGUGAAAUCGCAGGCGAAACUGAUCUUCCGCCGCUUAAAUCGCAAUUCAGCUGCAGAAUACAAGUCAUACCCAAAGAAAUUGGCGUUCACAUACCUCUCCGACCUUGCGCAGGAGUUCACCACAAUCUAUCCUUCCGGGCAGUACCUUUCUGCCACCUUAAGACCAUAUGCCUACGUUGAAUUUGAUGGCUUCAUACAGAAAACCAAGAAAACAUACCAGGAUGCGAGAGCGAGCAGUAACUUGGACAAAUUAAAUGAUGAGCUCAAGGAUGUAACUAAGGUUAUGACCAAGAAUAUUGAGGACUUGCUUUACAGAGGUGACAGUCUGGAGAAAAUGGGCGAGAUGAGUGGACGGCUACGAGAGGACAGCAAGAAGUACAGGAGGGCAGCAGUGAGGAUCAAUUGGGAGCUGAUGCUCAAGCAGUAUGGGCCUUUUGCUGGCUUAGGGCUCGUCAUCAUUUUCUUCUUGUGGUGGAGGUUCUUCUGA